UGUUCUUCAUCUCGUUGUCUGAUAAAACAUCAGAUGGCUUCGAUGGUAUUCACGGACUGCUCCUCCACAACCACGCCUCGCCUCCUCCCCUUUCGGCGGAACCCCCUCUACCGCAACCACGGCGCCGUUUUCCUUCGCCCCCUCGUAAAUCCUAGCUCCCCUAGACGCCUCUCCCUGCACUCCUCCUCCGCUUCUUCUUCGCCGUCUCCGUCGCCCACCGUUUCCUUGGCCACUGAAGCAUCGGCAAAAGUGAUCGAUGGGAAAGCCAUUGCGAAGCAAAUCAGAGAUGAGAUCAAUGCAGAAGUGUCGAAGAUGAAGGAUGCAAUUGGCAUUGUUCCGGGUUUGGCAGUUAUUCUUGUUGGGGACAGGAAGGACUCUGCCACAUAUGUGCGCAACAAGAAGAAAGCUUGUGAGUCCGUGGGUAUUAAUUCUUUCGAAGUGCGCUUGCCUGAGGAUUCCCCGGAACAAGAAGUGGUCAACUCCAUCGCGGGGUUCAAUGAUGAUCCUUCAGUUCAUGGCAUCCUUGUGCAGCUACCCCUGCCUUCUCAUAUGAAUGAGCAAAACAUCUUAAAUGCUGUUAGUAUUGAGAAAGACGUGGAUGGGUUUCACCCGCUAAAUAUUGGCCGUCUUGCCAUGCGUGGUAGGGACCCCUUGUUUGUUCCUUGCACGCCAAAAGGAUGCAUAGAGUUGUUGCAUAGAUAUGGCAUCCCUAUCAAGGGAAAGAGAGCUGUUGUAAUUGGCCGGAGCAAUAUUGUUGGGAUGCCAGCUGCUUUAUUGUUGCAGAGGGAAGAUGCUACAAUCAGCAUAGUCCAUUCCCGAACCAAGAAUCCUGAGGAGAUCACAAGACAAGCGGAUAUUAUAAUCUCUGCUGUGGGGCAACCAAAUAUGGUGAGGGGCAGCUGGAUCAAACCUGGUGCAGCAAUUAUUGAUGUCGGAAUCAAUCCAGUUGAGGAUGAAAAGAAUCCUCGAGGUUAUCGGCUGGUUGGAGAUGUGUGUUACGAGGAGGCCAGCCAGAUUGCUUCAGCAAUUACUCCAGUUCCCGGGGGAGUGGGUCCAAUGACAAUAGCAAUGCUUCUCUCCAAUACUCUCGUAUCAGCAAAAAGAAUACACAACUUCCAGUAAGAUGUUCAGAAUUACUGUUGUGAGUCCAAUUCAGUUGGAGAAGCCAUCUUAACCUACCUAGAUCCAAGCAACUGUAUUUUAUUUUAUUUUAUUUUAUUUUGGUAUCGGGAGUAUGUUUCCUUUGUGCACUUAUCGGUUGUGAGAGCUGGUUUAUCAUUUUCCCAGUCAAACGAGAAGGCCAAGCCUUUGUGCACUUUUCGGUUGUGAGAGCUGGUUCAUCAUUUUCCUGGUCAAACGAGCGAAGGCAGUAACUGCUGUGUGUCAUCUGAUAAAAAUCCUGUGAAGGCAUCCUCUCUACGCAUUAGUAGAGAUGAGGUUUGCAGACUGAAUGUAAUAAGUGCAAUCUUAUUAACUUUCGUGUUUAAAUCUUUGCAAGUGCCGCAUUCAACUAAGUAUAGAUGAGUUUAUUA